CUGGCAAGCUGGAGGCAGUACCUUCUUCCUAUAGCAUUCAACCCAGGUACCAUGCCAUGGAGCCUCAGGUGGGUAGGGCACUAGGUGGACGCACACGUUCAGCAGUCUAGAGUCUGGAGGGGCCCAGGGCAUGGCAGGACCCCUGCGGAGCCGGGUGGAAGAGCUGAAACGGCCCUGGUGGAGGGAGAGCUCGCCCCUGGUGCUCCAGCACAGCGAGGCUGCAAGGCUGGCAACAGAUGCCCUCCUGGAGAGGGGCGAGGCUGCCUACCUUCAGGUCAUCUCUGAGGAACGGGAGCUGCCCUUCCUGAGUGCCCUCGAUGUGGACUACAUGAUCAGCCAUGUGCGUGGGGUUCCCGAACCCAGUGAGGCCCAGGGGGCUGAGACCUUAGGGCAGGACCGCCUCAGCAUGCUCUCGGAAGUUACCUCAGGCACCUACUUCCCCAUGGCUUCUGACUUAGAUCCCCCGGACCUGGACCUGGGCUGGCCCGAGGUGCCACAGGCCACAGGGUUCAGCCCCACCCAGGCAAUGGUUCAUUUCCAGAGGGACAAAGGGAAGAGCAUCAAGGACCUGCUUCGAUUCCUCUUCAGCCAGGCCCAGACGGUGGUGGCUGUGGUGAUGGACAUAUUCACGGACAUGGACCUCCUGUGUGACCUUAUGGAGGCCUCCAGCCGCCGUGGUGUCCCCGUCUACCUCCUUUUGGCUCAGGAGCACCUGAAGUACUUCCUAGAGAUGUGUUAUAAGAUGGACCUCAAUGGGGGGCACCUGCUGAACAUGCGUGUGCGGAGCACUUGUGGAGACACGUACUGCAGCAAGGCAGGUCGCCGGUUCACCGGGCAGGCCCUGGAGAAGUUUGUCAUCAUUGACUGCGAACAGGUGGUGGCCGGCAGUUACAGCUUCACUUGGCUGUGCAGCCACGCCCACACCAGCAUGGUGCUACAACUGAGGGGCCACAUCGUGCAAGACUUUGACCGGGAAUUCCGAUGUCUGUAUGCCGAGUCGCAGCCUGUGGAGGGUUUCUGCGGCAAUGAGGAUCUGCUGGUUUCCCGGGGACCUCGUCCUCCCCCUGUGACCCUGGCCUUCGGACCUGGAAUUCCAAGCGCCACAGGCUCCUCGCCCUCCAGCAACAGCCUCAGCAGCAUCAAGCACUCGCCUCUCCUGGGCCGUUCUUCCUAUUUCCCUCUACCGGGAGGCGGUGGCUGCAGCGACAUGGGUAUGGGGUCUUCAUCCCCAGGUCCUGCCCACCACGAUGCUGGUGGCCACCCAUCCUUGUACCGUCAGCAUUCAGAUCCUAACCGUAUCUCCGCUCCGGGGCCCUAUAGGGCAAACCUAAGCAAGCUGGGGGCAUCUCCAUGGUCCCAAUCCUCUCCCGCCCUCAACCACAGUAGUGCUACUCCCUUGACCCUGGCAGUGGGGUCACCUCUGCUCCCCUGUUCCCGCCCUCUCCUCCACUUUACUAGGGGGGUCUCAGCACUGUCCAGGCUUCCAGAGAACGGGUUUCCAGCAAGUCAAGAGCCUCUCCUUCCUCGAGGCCGCUGGGUACCUGGCAUGGCUCUGGAGACAGUGAAAGAGAAAAAAGUGUCUCUAAGCCAGAGUCACGAUCACCUGGAUCGCCUUGUCCCCUUCUCUAAAGCAGGAGACGCAGGAGGCCACAGCUCUAGAGUCACCCCCAAUUCAGAUUCCCUACAGCGUGGUGAGCAGGCUCCCGAUGAUAGGAGGUUGUCCCUGAGCCACAGUUACAGCCAGCUGGAUCUCCUGUCUCAGGGUCAGGGUGGCCCUGAGUCAGGUUCCCUCAGACCUGGCCAUCUGGGUCUAGAGGACAAGAAGCUGUCCCUAAACCAGAGCCCUGGCCAAUUGGACCUCCUGCCACAAAACCUCAGGGCUCAGGCCUCUAAAAUACCCUCCGAUGUCAGUUCUUCAGCCAGGCUGGGCAAGCAGAGUCUAGAUGAACGACAGCAGACGCUAGGUCACAGUCAGCUGGACCUCAUCACUAAGUUUGGCCCAUUCAGGAGUGAGGGCCCUGGACCCAGUGGCCCCCCAGAAGCAAGCCCAGUUCCCAUGGCUGGUGCAGGCUGUGCAGAGGAGAAGCGACUGACUCUGGGACACAGCAAACUCGACCUCAUCACCAAGUAUCACCAAUUGCAGGGUGCCAGACAGAGACCAGAGCCGGGCCUCUCGGGAGCUCCCCUGAGCGGCCAUCAGAAUGGUAGUAGCAAUGACUUGUUUGCUCCUGAGAAACGACUGACCUUGGGCCACAGCAAACUGGACCUCAUCACUAAGCACAACAAGUCUAAGUUCAAGCAGCUCCGUAGUCGCUUUGAGUCCUAGCCCUGCUCCUAGCAGGGUCAGAGCCUGAAUCCAUCCAGAGCUGAC